AUGGCGCUCGUGGGGCAAGUAGGAGAAUAUAUCGACGGGAAAGAAGAUAUUGCCAGUUAUAUAGAACGAGUGGAAUUGUAUUUUGCGGCGAAUUGCGUCGAAGUGGAUUACGAAGUUGCUACGUUUGUAGCGUUAAUUGGGGCAGAUGCAUAUGGCGUGCUGAGGAAUUUGUUAGCCCCUGAACUUCAGAAAGAUAAGUCUUUUGAUGAGUUGAAAGAGCUUUUGGUUUCACAUUACUCGCCUAAACAUAUUUUGAUCGCAGAACGUUUCAAAUUUCAUCGUCGGAACCAGCAUGAGAGUGAAACGGUCGCACAGUUUGUAGUUGAGUUGAAGCGACUGGCGUUGAAGUGUGAAUCUGGAACUUUUUUGGAAGAAGCGUCAAGGGACUGUCUCGUUUGUGGAUUGAAAGGCGUGCAAAUUCAGAAGAAGCUGUUGGCAGCGAGAGACUUGACUUUUGACAAAGCGUUUGAAACAGGACAAUCCAUGGAGUUAGCCAACAAAGAAGAUUUUCGAGACAACAGUGUGCCAGUGGACGAUAACGUCAAUAAGGUCGCAUAUAUGCCAGUUCAGGGCAUUCGACUGGAGACGCCGUGA